UUAAAUAUUAUCCCUCAACUGUAACAUUAUUUUGUUAAAUUACUCGAAAGUUCUAAAGAUAAGGAGGAGCCAAAAGUUAUGAAAUGUUCAUACAACCUUAUCUCCCUCCCCCUCCACACACACACACACACACACACACACACACACACACACGCUAUUACUGUUCACAUGAAGAAGUCGGCAGAGGAAGCCGAAACCGGCGCCGACUACUUGGAGGUCCUGAAGGCGGCGGCGCAGGCGUGGCAUGCGCAGUCCGGCAACCCGAAGCCGACCCAGCGAGCUCCGCACCGCUCGCGCUUCAGGCUCGAGGCCAUGCGGUCGGCUGCCGCUGCCGAUCGCAACGGCGUCGUCGGCUUUUACACAAACAGCAGCAGCAGCAGCAGCGUGAGUGGAACGUGGGACUUCACGCAGUCGCUGUGGGACUCGUACGAGAUCGUCGCGGUGUCGAAGAAGCUCGAGGCCAGCCUCGCGCUCGACGCCGACAGGGAGGCCGACCGACGCCCGGUGCCGCUGGGCCGUGCUGUCGUUGUCAGGCGGAGCGGCAAGAGAAGCAGGGAGAGCAAGAACUCUUUGAGGAAUCUGUUUCACAGAGUUUCGGAUUCUAAAAGUAACACCGUGUACGGUGAUUUACAAGAAUUAAAAUACCGUGACGCGAGUUCAUGUCGAAAAUGAUACGGUACAAUAUGUGCCCUGCAUGCUGGGUACACAAAUACAUGUGUGCCAAACAUAUUCAACAAUUUAUUUCUAAAUUUCUUCUAUUCACGUUUUUAUUUUUAUCUUUUUA